UAACCAUUUCCAAUCUUCCCUUUGCAGCUCUUGCUCUCUCUCUCUCAAUAAAAUCUCACCUCGCCGCUUCCUCUGCCCUCCGUCAUUAACCUCCGCUCCAAAACCCCAAAAACCCUCACCAUCACCGCCCACCCGGUGGUGUUUUUCCGAUCAUCUACAAAACCCGCCCAAACCUCCUAAAAAAUGGCGGCCACUGCUGCCUCAGAAGUCACAGAAGGACCUGUCCUCAGCUUUAUUAACAAACGCCUCCGUGCUCUCCGCAAGAAGUACAACCGAAUCCUCCAGAUGGAAGAGUCCAUCUCCCAAGGCAAGCCCAUCAACAAAGAACAAGAGGACGUUCUGCGUUCUAAACCCUCCGUCUACGCCGCAAUUGAAGAGCUCGAGAAGCUUCGCCAGCCUCUCGCUACAGCCGUCUCUGAAGAAAUCGCCCUCGCCCUCCAAAGUCACCAGCAACAAUCUUCCAUUUCCGACAAUGCAAUUCCGGAUAAGGAUGAUAGCGAGAAAAGCAACUGCGAGUCCGAUAAAGGCACUCCUGGUGACUGUGGUUACGCGGUCGAGGAUCUGUUGAAUUUGUUGUAUUUUGGGACGAUGUUCGAUGUGAAGUCGCAGAAUGACUUCACCGCCACCUUGUUGACUCGGACACAUGAGAGAGGUUGCUGCUUGACUUACGAUUAUGUGACUGAUGAUGCUACGGAUUUGCUUGGAGAGAGGGAUUUGGACAUGAUUUCGAAGCUUGGCGGGUUACUGAUUUCGCGCCCCGUCGAUUCUAGCUUAUCUCAUAAGAAUGCGUUGCAUCGGUGCAUCGAGCACGCCAAGUUGUGGCUCGCUAACUCCGACCAGCCAAUUGAGCCCAAUGCUAACGCUACUUAUGCACAACUGAGGGAGAGGCUGAACAAGAUUAUGGCUUCUGAUUACUUCACAACCACACCAGAGAUGAAAGCUCCAGUGGAAGUGGCUGCAGCUGCUGCGGCUGGAAAUUAUGCGUCUUUCCAGGUUCCUGUUCAUAGAGUUCCUAUCUCUGUGCCAGUCCAAGUGGAAGGCUCUGUUGAGCAGUAUGAAGCGAAGGACGAAGACACAGCAAAAUUAUUAGGACAUGAAACUAGCGAUAAUCUGUCCAGCCCUGAUGAGGAACUUCAGAAGGAUGAACUGGAGACUGAAAUUAUAGUAGAAGAGGUCUAUGGUGAACAGGAACAGGCUAGAUCUUCAGAAAUUGACCAUAAUCAAAAAGAGGUAGACCCCAAGGAGCAACAACAUUUUGCUCGAAGGAACUACCAAAACCAAAGAGGCAGUCGUAGUGGUGGUGGCGGGGGACGCAGAGGUUUUUCAAAUGGCCGUGGCAGAGGAGGCGGCGGCAGAGGAGGUGGUGGCUACCAAAAUGGGCGCAGCCAAUAUUAUGAGCAGUCUGGAAACUAUUAUCCGAGGAAUUACUAUAAUAAUCGAGGAAGGGGUGGCAGGGGUGGUGGUGGGCACCCUUAUAAUAACCAUGGUUCAGCAGUUCAGGGUGGUCAUGGCCCAGUUGAUGUUGGGGUGGCCUCAUGACGUCAUUACUUAUUGGGUGUUUAUAGGGUGUCGUGUUACUAGUUUUCUAGGUGGGUAGUGAAAAUGUUCUCUCUCUCCUCUUUUUGGCAUGAGAAACUUGUCAUGAAUGUGGUUUACUGUUGAUGAACGCACCAUCCUAGUCUAGGCUCUUUUUUUUUUUUUUCUAAUUGUAGUUCGUUCAAUGAAAUAUUUUCCGUUGAAAAUCCCCCAAAAAAAAGAAAAAAAGAAAACAUGUCUUUCAUUGAUUUUUUUUGCUCUCUGGUUAACUUGCCAAACCUGGAUCAAAACAAGGUGCAUUUAAGUUGAAGACUGGUUGGCCAUUACGAUGAUAUUCAAUAAUGAAUGCUUAAUUGUGAUA